GUUAAAAAUGGCGGUUGGGGGGGGCGGGAAGACGGGCCGCGUCGCUCACCCAGGAUUCCAAGCCUCCCCCACCCUGCCUGGAAGCCGGGAGCCGGAGGUGGUUCGCCAGCCUGCCGCCUCCCACGCUCCCGGCCCUGCGAGCUGGUUGCAGGACACGGAAGAUAGCGUAAUCCGUCCGAUUGAACAAAAAAGGUGGCAGCCGAGGCGCCGGCAUGGCCUCUGCGUAGCAUUAAGAACAUUCCCUAAAAUGGCGGCCGGCGCGCGGGGGCGGGCGGGAGCCAGCGGGCGGGGCGCAGCUGGCCUGGCUUCCGCUCCUGAGGCCUUGGGCGGACGCAAGGUGGGGCUGGAGGAGCCAACUGGUCCCCAUGGCGGCCGUGCCGGAGCAGGGCGAGUCCGGGAAGGGGAAGGUAGAAUUAGAAGAUCAUGUGAUGUUGGAGUGGGAGGAUUUAUCCUGGUGACUUUAGGAUGCUGGUUUCCCUGUAGGUAUAAUCAUGCAAAGCAAAGAAUCCAGGAAAGAAUUGCCAGAGAAGGAAUUAAAAACCAGAUUUUAUAUGAAAGCACCCACCUUGAUCCUCAAAGAAAACAAAUCAGCAGCAGCAGCAGCAACUGAGCAACUCUGAGCGUAAAAAUUCAAAACAUCUCCCUCAAGUCAGUGUGAGCAUUGGGACCAGCCACGUAUUAUGUACAAUAAAACUCAAAUUAUGUGUAAA